UAGUUGGAUUUGUGAAUAAACGCUUCGAAAUGAAGCUCUCUUGCCCUCUGAUCUCUGGGCUCCUUUUGUCCUUCAUUUUCUUCAGAGAUUCAAGUGAGGAUCUGUCUGUGAGUCAGAGUCCAUCCAGCAUCACUGUGAAUGAAGGACAAUCUGCUCGAAUCAGCUGCUGCUGGAAUGAAACCAUACAGAAUGCUAAAGUUGCUUGGUACUUCAAAGAUACAAAACAAAAGCAGGAUCCACAAGAACAUACAACACAGAACUGUACAGUUCUGAACCUCAUAAACAUACUUAAAAAUGCUUCAGGUCAUUAUGUUUGUGAAUUGACUCAAGAUAUACCAAUCCUGCAUAGGAAGAAUGGUAGUGGAACAGUCAUAACUGUCAAUGGCAUACUAGCAGAAACGACAACAACUGUCAAUGUUCACACACUUUCAAACCCGGCACGGGUAAAACCAGAUGUCCAGACAAAUCCAGAAGGUAGUUCGCGGGAUGUUGUACUCAUAUAUAUUUUCAGAAGUCUGCCCUUCAUCUGUCUGCUGGUGGCGUUCUUUUACCUAAACAGGGACAAAAAACAAGUCACUGCGUCAAGACCAGUGGAGCAUGCUGUAGAGUCAGGAGAAAGACCAGAUGAAGACCUGGAAGCUGGAGAGACACAGAGGAGUGAAACUGAAGAGGCGAAACAGAGUGAGAAUGUUCCUGAACAAGAGAAAAAGAUGGUUGUUAACAACCAGAAACCUGAGGUUACUGCUACAACAGAAGAAGAAAAAGAUGAAGAAAAACAGAUUGAUGUAGUUGUAGACACUGAACGAGGCACAUCUCCAGUGCAUGAUGAUGAUGAAAAAAACAAGACUGAAUCUGUUGUGAACACUGAUAAGAAGACACAUCUAAUGACUGAUCUUGAAGAAGUGACUGUUUCUGUUCUGGGCGGCAUUGUUUCAGCUCUGUGACACACACACAGGAAAUGGUGUUAUGGGUGUGUUGUUCAGGCCUAUGAUGCCACUUCC